CAUUUGCAGAAAGGAUCGAGUGGCGGCCGGGACACGUAAAGGCUAUUCUACAAUUGCGUAAGCGUGAUCAGUCACACAAGAAAAUUUUAAAGUAUCAAGUGGAAGAAACAGUAGGCGAAGAACCGUAUGUAGCAACGAUUUUGUUACUAUCAGAUUCAAAUGAAGAACUUAAAGAAAUAAUUAGAACAAAAAGUGUUCGUGCUUCACCAUCGUAUUUGCUUGUGACAGCUUCGGAUAAAUCUGACAACGAGGGAAAAAAACAGUUAAAGCGUUCAAAAACUUUUCAAAUGAAUCGUCAGUUAAAAGAACAAGAGGAACUAGUCUGUAAUAAAUUAUCAAAGUUUAAGAGUGAUUUAUUGCCAAUAAACGUUACAUUAAAAGAUAAGGAAAAUUUAGAUUUGUCAAACAUUACUGAUACACCGCCAUCACCCAAAAAAUAUAGAGUAACAGAAGAUUUAGCACAAACAAAAAAUAAAUUCAUGCAAGAUGACAAUCUAGUCAAAGCACUAACCAAAGAAACAAACACGAGAAACGAAAAGGAGAAGUGUGGUAAUGAGUCCCCAAAAAAACAGUUAAAGCAUUCAAAAACUUUUCAGAUGAAUUGUCAAUUAAAAGAACAAGAGGAACUAGUCUGUAAUAAAUUAUCAAACUUUAAGAGUGAUUUAUUGCCAAUGAACGCAGUUACAUUAAAAGAUAAGGAAAAUUUAGAUUUGUCAAACAUUACUGAUACACCGCCAUCACCCAAAAAAUAUAGAGUAACAGAAGAUUUAGCACAAACAAAAAAUAAAUUCAUGCAAGAUGACAAUCUAGUCAAAGCACUAACCGAAGAAACAAACACGAGAAACGAAAAGGAGAAGUGUGAUAAUGAGUCCCAAAAGCUGAGCAGAUCUAAAGUUAUUCCAAAGAUAACAUGUAUUAGUAAGGUUCAUUCGCUCACAGAAUGUAAAGAAGCUUUCGAAAAAUUAAUAAAAGAAAAUUCUAAGUUACGAACAGAAGGGGAUGAAUUAAUAAAUGAAAACAAAAAAUUAAAGAGCUCCAGAAAGGAACUAAAAAAGCAAAUAGAAGAAAAAGAAUGGAAAUAA